UAAUAAUAUUUGUCGUACUUAUACUGUGUGUAGUUGUAGUUAUUAUAAUGUGUGUUGAAAUAAUAAAUUUUAGAAGGGUAGAUAAUUCUAUCUAAUUGUAAAUGUGGUUUCAUUUCGUUGAUUUCAAUAUCUUUCAAAACCUUUCCUCAUCAUUUCUACACUUUGUUUAUGAUUUAGAUAGGCCGGUAAACCAAAAAAACGCUCUGGUAGUCUUUGAUUGUCGUGACGCCGUUGUCAUAGCAACACAGAAAAAUAAACAAAGCAUUUUAUUUGACGAAGUUGUAAAACUGAAGAAUUUAUAAACGCCAAAAUUUAUUUUCGAUUAUGUCUUAUAGAGAUUUGAGGAAUUUUAGUGAAGCCAUGCGAGUGCUUGGUUUCCCGAAGCCGAUCUCCUUGGAGAGCUUCAGGACUCCAAACUGGGACCUGAUGGAGGAGUGUCUGCGGUGGCUGGCAGCCAGGGUGGAACCUGACGCGGAGCUGGGAGGGGGCAAGCAGACUGUGGAGCAACGGGUAGCACUCGUCACACAUGCUAUUGCGCUAUUCCACUCACGCGCCAACAUAAAGCUGAACGGCAAGCGAGUGUACGGCGCGGACGGGUGGGCGGUGCGCGAGCUGAUGAAGGUGGCCGCCAUGUUGCGCGCCGCGCUCGAUACUCCCGCCUCGGACGAGCACCACCACGACACCUCGCCGCUCAGCUACGACUUCACCAGCAGGUUGAGUGAAAUCAAACAAGCUCGCGCUCUGGCGACAGAUAUAACUGCUCAGGGCGCCUUCCUGUAUGAUCUGCUGGCUAAGGAGGCAGAGAAUAAGAGCAACGCGAGCAGGCGUUGUCCCGUCCGCUGGACAUGUCCGGCAUGGAGGGCAGCCUGCGGCGCGCGCUGGAGGCGGUGGCGGCGCAGGUGGCGGCCGCGCGCGACCACAUCGACAACGUCGCCGCCAGCGAGGCCGCGCUCGACGCCAAGCUCGAGCGCAAGCGCGCUGAGCUCGUCCGCGCUGAGAAGCGCCUGCAUACUGUGCAGAAGAUCAAGCCCGCGUACCAGGGCGAGCUGACGGCGCUGGAGACCGAGAUCGAGCAGCUGUGGGAGCAGUACGUGCUGCGCUACCGCUGCGUGGAGGCGCUCAAACACCAGCUCAGCGUGCUCGAGAGCGCGCAGGCAGAGGCGGCUGAAGAGCAGCAGGCUGCCAUUAUGCAGCUCAUUCACAAGUACGAGGCGGAGGAUGUGCUCGGGAAACUCAGUGACUCGGAUGAUCCGGAGUCUAGUGACGACGGCAAGGAUAUAAGUGAGGUGAAGCAGCCGAGACCGGCUACUCGACCCAAGACACGGCUGAGGAUCAAAACUGCAGGCACGGUGGCGGCGGAGGCCCGGCGAGCCUUCGGCAGUAUGGCGGCGCGGGACUCACUGGACGACAUCCGCGACGAGGACGACUCGCGCUCCGACUCCGACUUCUCAGACAAGCAGGCCUACGGGGACCUCUCCAUCUCCAGGAAGGGCGCGGCGGGGGCGGACGCGCGCGGGCCGUCGGCCGCCACCUCGCUCGGUGCGUGCCACUGCACUGCUUGCACUGCUCUCACUCAUACAAACUCCAUUACAUACACGCUACGGCGACUAUACACUGGUGGCGGCGACAUGCCGUCCCGCUGGUCGCGCGCCCGCCCGCGGCCCGCCACGCGCACGCUGGCGGCGGCCGACGACGACGACUUUGCUGAUCUCAUUGAAGGGGUGGAGAGUGGCGAGGCGGGGGACUCGCUGGGCAGUAGCUCUGAGAGCGAGCUGCGCGUGGCGAGCGCGCGCGGCAGCGGCCGCCCGGCGCGCCCCAGUGCGCAGCCCGCGCGCGCCUCCGCGCUCAGCGACAACGAGUUCUAGGCGAUACAUCACAGCGACACAUCAA